ACCAUAAUUCAUUCUCUUUCUUCUCUUCUUCUUCUUCCAUGGCCUCUUCUUCUUCAAUGGCUUCUCUUCUUCCCAUCAUCAUCAUCUCCUUCCUCUUCCUCUUUUCACUCUCCAACGCUCACUCCCCAGUUUCCUUCACAAUCCCUGUCACAAAAGACGCUGCUACCCACCAAUACCUAACAACCCUCUCCUACGGCACUCCUCUUGUUCCCACCAAACUGGUCCUUGAUUUGGGAGGUUCUUUCCUCUGGCUCCACUGUGCCUCCCGAAACACCCCUUCGUCUUCUUCCCUCACCACCCCUCACCGCUCCCUCCAAUGCUUCGCAGCCAAAACCCACAAAUCCCCCAACUCCUUUCUCUCCGGCCCCGUCGACCAGCACCACUACCAACCUUGCCAAGUCUUUCCGGAGAACAGCAUCACCGGAACCAUCGCCACCGAAGGAGAACUCGUGGAGGACCUCAUCGCCCUUCAAUCUGCGGAAUCCAAAACCAUCCACGAGCACCAGAGUCGCUUCACGUGUUCCCCUAACUCCCUCUUGCAUGGCCUCGCCAAGGGUGCCAGAGGCAUGGUUGGCCUCGCUAGGUCCCGCAGUUCGCUUCCCUCCCAGGUUUUCGACAACUUCAGCACGCAGCGAAAACUCACUCUCUGCCUCUCCUCCUCCAAAGGUGUUCUUCUCUUGGGGAACGUCGCUUACGAAUCCGAGAUUCUCAAGUCUCUAACCUUCACACCCCUCGUCACCGGUUUCCCCUCCCUCGACUACUUCAUCAACGUCAGCUCCGUCAAAAUCAACGGGAAAAGGUUGUCCUUGGACGCCUCAGAGUUCAACGAGCAAGAGGGUGGUGGUGGAGGGGCUCUGACUCUUAUAAGCUCAAUUGUGCCCUACACCACCAUGCAGAGUUCCAUUUACAACUCUUUCAAGGAAGCUUUUUUGGACGCUGCCCUGUCCAUGAACAUGACCAGAGUGGCCUCCGUGGCACCCUUUGAGCUCUGUUUCGGUUCCUCGCAAGUGGGGUCUUCUGUGCCGGUCAUUGAACUGGUUCUGCAGAGUGAGAUGGUGAAGUGGAGCGUACAUGGGAGGAACUCCAUGGUGAGAGUGAGCGAUGAGGUGUCGUGUUUAGGGUUCUUGGAUGGAGGUGUGAACCCGAGAAAUUCCAUUGUGAUCGGAGGGUAUCAAUUGGAAGAUGUGAUAGUGCAGUUUGACUUGGCCACUUCCAUGGUGGGAUUUAGUUCUUCACUUCUCACCAAAAAUACCAAGUGUUCCGAUUUUAAGUUCGGUAGUUCCAUUCCUGCAGAAUCCAUCUGAAGAUUAACCAUCUUCUACAUCUAGCUCUAGUAGUACUAAGGACUAAGUCCUUCUGUUUGAUUUAUGUUUCUGAACUGAAGCUUCUAAAUUACCAAGUUUUCUUGUCUAAUUAAGUUUCUGAAGCUUCUCAAUUUUGUAAGAACUUGAUUUUUGGAUAGUUUUUUCCUUUUUCUUUGUUAUCCUGCACUAUUGGUUGUAUUAUUUAAAAGAUGGUGGUGAGAGAUAUUAUGAUCUUAUGAUUUGAUGGCA